CGUGUUCCAUAUUAUUUCUCUUCCCCGUAUCAAGCCAACACAUACAAAGGAAGAUCGAUCCUUCGACUUCUGACUUCUUUUCCUCAUUUUAUUCAUCCUUCUUAGAGAAAAUACAUUCGUUCUUUCUCUCGAUAUCACUUUUACGAUAUCGACAGCGUCGACGAUAGAAUAAGGGGAUAUACAACAACACCACAAUCGUUACAGCAUCAACAUCAUGGGUUUCGGUCGCUUCCUUUGCGUCGGUCUGCCAUUUGGCUUAACUCUCGCCAGUUUAAUCUGUCUCCUCAUCGCAUCCCUCGCCGGCGUUACAGAUAAAUCACUCGACCUCUUUCAAGUAAACACCACCAACCUCUCCAUUUCCUCCUCCACACUCCUCAGUCUCGAGCAUUCCUUCCGCAAACGCGGUCUUGGAGACCUCACCAUCGCCGCCUUGAGUUCCCAAAAUAUCGAAUCUGUUGUUGCUUCAGCGACUGGCACCGGUUCUGCUGUCAAUAUCACGGCCAAGGAGUUGGGCUUAGCGGACAGUUAUCAGAUUAGUUUGUGGAGUUACUGCGCUGUUACAGGAAAGAAUACUACAUGCACCAAGGCAAAGUUCAACUGGGCGGCUACCGCCCUCAAUACUUCUUCGAUCGAUACUCUUACCUCUGCAACAGGUACCAAUGCCACUCUCCCACACGAAGUUGAAAGUGCUUUGAAGACCUUUGUGGUGGUAUCCAAAUGGACACAAGUAGUUUAUAUCAUUGCCUUGAUCGCUACAGCAGCCGAAUUGUUCCUCGGACUAUUCGCUAUGUGUUCUCAAGCCGCCUCAUGUGUGACAUACUUCAUUUCUGGUUUCAGCACUACAGCCGUCAUUGCUGCUUCCAUCAUGGCCACCGUCCUCUCCUCAGUCACAGUCGGCGCUAUCAAAUCAUCCGCUAAAGCCUACGGGGUCAAAGCCUCUAUCGAUACGCAUUUCCUUGCUGUCACCUGGCUCGCCGUUGUAUUAAGCAUCGCAAGCAGCUUCUUCUGGCUCUUUACUAUCUGCUGUUGUGCAUCUAAUAAUACUAGCAGCAAGAAGAACAGACGAAGUCUCAAUGAUCACGAGAAGCUGAUUCCAACAAACACGGCCUAUCAAAAGAUUAAUACCCCAGAAACUGGCUAUGUUGGUCAACAGCAUGGUAUUUAUCACCAACAACCUCAACCUACACGUACUGGUGCUUAUGAGCCUUAUUCUCAUGGUGCUAUCUAAGCUUCAGCGUUGAGGGAUGAAUAGUGACUCAUGGAUAGGAGGAUGCAGGGAAAGGGAUGAAUGACAUAAGAUAUUUGUCACAUUUAGCGUCCGGCGUUCAGGUUACUUUUAUCACGUCUUGUGUAAUUUGGAUUGGGAUGAAUGGAAGGGGAUAUGGGGAUGGGGAUGGAAAGGAGAGAGGAGAGAUGGAUUUGAAAAGAUAAUUAUUUGCUUUGCUUUACUGGGCAAUAUUGAUAGACGAAUGAACGAUACCCUCCUUGUUACAAAUUUU